AUGGCCUUCAGCAGUGGCGUGAAGCUCGGUGACCUUGACGACUUCAUCUCCCUGUCACAGGAAUGUGUGAAGCCGCUGAUUGAGGCCGCUGAAGGCAGUGGCAAGAGCGCCAAGCUCGGAAACGUCAGCGAAGCUCGGUCUCUUCCGGUGGCUGAGGUACCGCAGGUGAAGAAGCCCAACUUGAUCAAGUCAAAGCAGAGCGGCGCAGAUCCCAAGGCGCAGAUCGGCCAGGUGACCUUGUCGGAUUGCUUGGCCUGCAGCGGCUGCGUCACGAGCGCCGAGACCGUUCUGCUGCAAGAGCAGAGUGGCGACGAGUUUCUGAAGCGCGCAGAGACUUCGCCUCUCACCGUCGUCUCCAUUUCCGCAGAGGCCCGCACCUCCAUUGCUGCCCACAAUGGCGAGGGGCCUCUGCUGACCUUGCGCCGGAUCGGGGAGGGACUGCGACGGCUGGGUGCCGACCUGGUCCUGGAUGCCUCGGCAGCCGAAGCCGUGGCACUUCUCGAAGGCCAGGCGGAGUUCACGCAGCGCUUCCGGAGUGCUGUUGGAGGUAGCAGCGGCAGCCGCAAUGGCUCCGGGUUCAGCCGUUCGGGUGGGAAGCCUACAGCCGGCAAGCUGCCGCUGCUGACGUCCCACUGUCCAGGUUGGACGCUGUAUGCCGAGAAGGUCGUCGAUCCGGUGGUAUUGCCGCACCUGACGCCAAUACGACCACCGCAGCACGUGCAGGGGCGCCUGGUGAAGACCGCUCUCCUGGAAGCCGUGAACCGUCGGCGCUUCUUCCGCUGGUGGCGGGCACGGAGCCCCUUCUUCGCUGCAGGCUACUGGAUCCAGAUGUCAUUGCUUCGGAACGCCGGCGAUGGAUGCUGUGGGUCCUGCGGCGUCCAUGCCUGCGAGAAGACGGAGCUGUCGAAGAUCCCGCCGUGCCCGUUGGGAAGCGAGGUUCUGACAGAUGUCUUCCUCGGAAGCUUAGAGGCUAGAGUGUCGCCGCUCAUUUGUGCGGUGCGCAGCAAUGCUGGGUCGGGCGGCUUCCUAGAACACGUCUUCCGCGAGGCUCUGCACGAGCAGUUUCACUUGGACUUGCCUUCAGCGCCCCUCGCUCUGCAGACAAAGCAGAACGAGGACAUGCGCGAGGCAUCCGGUGGCCUGUUUAGUCCGGCUUGA